UGGAGCGUCCUUCAAGAUGAGCUGCAGUGUUAUAGUUUCUCAGUGCCUUGAAUUGCGCACACAUUGAUUUCGAUUUCAUCAAACACAGAAUCAAAGGUGGUUGGGUCCCAAUUCAAGCACCGAAAUCUUGAAAUUCAUGAAUUCCCCGAUAAUCAUGGCGUCUUUCUGUACUUCCUGUCAUGAGUUUGGAGUUAUAGCAUUACCAUCACCCGUUUUGCACAGUACAAAAACCUCAACUCUAAGUUUUUCCUUCUUCAUCUUCAUCUAUGGCGGCCGACGACGACCAGGGCGGCGAGGACUACUUGUUUAAGAUUGUUCUGAUUGGCGACUCUGCGGUGGGGAAAUCGAACCUCCUCUCGCGGUUCGCUCGGAAUGAGUUCGAUAACAAUUCCAAGGCCACGAUCGGCGUCGAGUUUCAGACGCAAGUGGUGGAAAUUGACGGCAAGGAGAUCAAGGCUCAGAUCUGGGACACCGCCGGCCAGGAGCGCUUUAGAGCUGUCACUUCAGCUUACUAUCGCGGCGCCGUUGGCGCCCUUAUUGUCUACGAUAUUAGCCGCCGGAGUAGCUUCGACAGCGUCAAGCGGUGGCUCGACGAGCUCGGCGUGCAUUGUGAUACGGCGACGAUAAGGAUGUUGGUAGGGAACAAGUGUGAUUUGGAGAACAUCAGAGAUGUGCAUGUUGGGGAAGGCAAGUAUCUAGCAGAAGAGGAAGGACUGUUCUUCAUGGAAACCUCUGCUCUUGAUUCCACCAAUGUCAAAACAGCCUUUGAGCUU